ACAACGUUUGGCCUUUUGAAAACUACGCCAAACGACCUGACCACCGACACAACAAUGGUGAAGAUUCUUAAGCCAGGCAAGGUUGCUCUUAUUACUCGUGGCCGUUACGCCGGUAAGAAGGCUGUUGUCCUUCAAAACGUUGACCACGGCAACAAGGCUCACCCUUUCGGACAUGCCGUCGUUGCUGGUGUCGAGCGCUACCCCUUGAAGGUCACCCGCUCUAUGGGUGCUAAGCGUGUCGCCAAGCGUUCCAAGGUCAAGCCCUUCAUCAAGGUCAUCAACUACAACCACUUGAUGCCCACUCGUUACGCUCUUGAGUUGGAGAACUUGAAGGGUCUUGUUUCUGAGGAGACCUUCAAGGAGCCCUCCCAACGUGAGGACGCUAAGAAGACCGUCAAGAAGACCUUUGAGGAGAAGUACCAAUCCGGCAAGUCUGCCUGGUUCUUCACCCCCUUGAGAUUUUAGAGUCGUACUCAUCUAAUGAAAAUCGGGUGUCCUAAAUUGA